GUUCUUAUUGUGUCGAAAGCCUAUGAUAAACAAUUUCGUUCAAGAGAUAGAUAAUAGUUUGAUCAUAAGUGCCCUGCUUCGAUGGAAAAUAGUCAAACUAAUCAGUUACAAGCGAAACUCUAAAACAGACUAACAAUGGUCGCUAUAGCACAUUUAUUUUUCGUUUCCUUAGCUGUCAUGCUAACCGAUGGAAGUGUAUCGAUGCACAAUCCGUUCUAUUGCUUUUCUCAAGAUCCAGUUCGACCUCAAAUUGGCAUGUUUGCAACAACUACAGCCUACGAAACGGUUCGAGGACAGGCAAUAUAUCCGAAUGUAUCGAACUGUACCCCGUCUAAAUUUUGGCUAGUUAGCAGACACGGGACGAGAUUGCCUGCCGUCGGGAAUUUGGUGAACAUAUUGGAAAAUUACGAACGUCUACACAGAGCAGUUUUGUCAAAUUACGAAAAUGGAAGGACGUCGUUAUGUGCUGCCGAUAUUGCGUUGAUAAGAAACUGGGCGUUCGAUACGAACAUAACGUUAGAAGUUUCGCAACAUUUAACUACUUCCGGUUGGGAUGAAUUAGAAGGCCUGGCCAAACGUUACCAGUCUGCCUUUCCGUCAGUAUUGUCGUCAACUUAUUCACUGCAAGACUAUCUUUUUCGCUUUGCUAAUACACAACGGUCUGAAUUCAGUCUGCGUGCCUUUGCUGAUGGUUUAUUUGGAGCAAACAAAUCUGAUCUUGUUCAAUUCGAAGAUGUACCUGCAGUUGACACUUUCCUUCUACCUCAGACUUCGUGUCCACUUUGGAAUAAUGUUACGUCUGCACAAAUCGAGCACUUACAAUUUCGAGAGGGACCCGAAUACGAACAAAUGCUCAGUCAGGUUAGCGCUAAACUAGGUUUCCAUGGAUCGCAUGCGUUGAAAGCGAAUGAGGUCGAAAUGUUCGCUACGAUCUGCGAGUAUGAUCAAGUCUUUAAUUUAAGCGCACCGUCACCAUUAUGUGGAGCUUUUUCGGUUGCAAAUCAUCAAGUACUGGAGUACUAUCAAGAUCUCGAUUUCUACUAUCGAAGUGGCUAUGGGUUUUCCGAUUAUCGUAGACUUUUUGAAAAUUUGCCUUGUUUUCUCAUGCAAGAUCUGUUGAGCUUCCUUCAAUCAAAUGAUGUUGAUGAUCACAAAGCAAGAAUUUACAAUACAAAUGGAACGCCAUUGAUGAUUAUGCUGGUUACGUUUGGCGCUUUCCAAGACAAUGUUCCGCUGACACGACACAACUUUGCACAACAAAGUCAACGGUUAUGGAAGACCAGCUUAAUUUCACCAAUGGCCGCAAAUUUGGCAGUUAUGCGAUACGACUGUGCUGAUGGCGACAAUGACGUCUUGUUUCUAUACAAUGAGAAACCACUGAUCAUACCCGGAUGUCAACUGAACGGAUUGUGCAAACAAUCAUUUCUUUUGGAAAAAUUCAGUCGUUUUUUGCAUGCAAAUUGCGAAGAAAUGUUUUGUUCAAAUAGUUAAAUAAACCUGCAGCUUUGGAAUUACAAUUUCAGUUUCGCUUGCAUUUGA